UUACGUCAGUUGGAGUUCGCGAGCGCCUGAGCGAAACUGUACAGUAUGGCGCUCUGCAGCUAUACGUUACCGUUUUACAGGCACAUAGUAAUCACUGUUAUUAUUCUAUGGCAUCUCCAGCAAGUUAACAGCGCCUAUGAGGAAGACGAUGACCAUCAUGAAGGUUAUGUUCCGAUGUUACACGGAGAAAUUGACGAAAUGUGCGAAGAGCCCCCUCCUCCUAUGAAUGGCGAAAUUAACUGCGGACAGAACAAGAAACGGAAAAACAAGUAUGUUUGCCGAGCCGAAUGUGAGCCUGGAUUUGAGUUUCCAAAUGGAAAGUCAAAGAAAAGACACAUCUGCGAUAUGGAAACUGGGAAAUGGUCCCCCAAAUUCAUAUUUCCUGACUGCAGACCAAUUUGUAACCCGCCUUGCGAAAACGGGGGCGAAUGUUCUGAUGCUAAUCAUUGCAUUUGCACGGCGCAGUACCGAGGGGAUAGAUGCCAGUACGCUAUCUCACUUUGCCAGCCUAAUGAAGGACUGCAUGCAUCUGCCGACUGGUCUUGCAACCAUACGAUGGCGGAAACGCUUUGCGUCUUCAACUGUCCACAGAAUACUCGGUAUGAAUCUCAACCUGCAGACGUUUAUCAUUGCAGUCUAGAUGGAACAUGGAUGCCCAGCUUUGCUCCUAAAUGCAUUCCAAUUAAUAUUAUUGAACCGCCUGCAUCGCCAGCUCUUUAUACAUCGCCGACUGGUCAGAUAAUAAACUCAAAACUCCCAAAAAGUGCUGUUUGCGCAACUUGGAGUGCUUCUCAUUAUCGUACAUUCGACGGUGGCAUCUACAGUUUCCAAGGGCGAUGUUCUUACCUUUUCGCUAAAGAUUGUGAGCAAAACACUUUUGCUAUUCAUAUCCAAAAUGGGGAAGUGUGUGAUGCAGUUUCGUCUUGUCCCACAACUGUCGCAAUCUAUAUUGGUGCCGAGCAAUAUUUACUCUCCAAUGGCGAUGAGGGCCCAGUAGUUGUGAGUGCAGGAGAGACACACAUCGUACCAACAGCAGUCAAUGGACUUCUUUUCGAGAUGAUCUCUGAUUACGUAACUCUCAUCAGUCCCUUGGGUUUCAAUCUAAAAUGGAAUAGAAAGAAUACAAUUCUUCUGAAAGUGAAUAGCCAGUUGAGAAACAGAACGUGUGGGCUAUGCGGUAAAUUUGAUGGUUCCACAAUGAAUGACUUCGAAACUUCAGACGGUAGCAACACUGACAGCGUGGAAGGUUUCGCAAAUAGUUGGAUAAUGGAUGAACUUGGAGAAAAAUGUCAAUAUAAAGGUGUUGUCAAGGAUCCUUGUUCGGAUAAUAAAGAUAAAGUGACCGAGGCAGAAAAACUUUGUCAAGCGAUAUUUGAAAAGAAGUUUGAAGUUUGUCAUCAGUUGGUAGAUCCAAAAAUAUAUUACGAGGCUUGCAAGAUGGAUCACUGUGGCUGCCAAUCUCCUGGUACGUCUUGCUACUGUGGAUCACUGGCUGAAUAUUUCAGGGAAUGCAUCAGAGUAGGAGGCAAGAUAGAUGGAGGCUGGAGGAGUGAAGAUGUCUGUCCUUUGGCAUGUCCAGAUGGAAUGAUUUAUCAGGACUGUGGAACGUCCUGUCCCAAGACCUGUAAAGGUACUGUUUACGACUGUGAAGGCAAUCACUGCGUGGACGGUUGUCAUUGUCCUGAUGGAACUUACCUUCACAAUGGACGCUGCCUAGAAAGACAGAGUUGUCCUUGCCUUCACGGCGGAAAGGAGUAUCAGCCUGGAGAAAGAAUGUUACAGGAUUGUAAUGCAUGUGAAUGUAAUGCUGGAGACUGGCAGUGCACUGAUGAAAAAUGUGAAGCGAGAUGUUCCUCAACGGGUGAUCCACACUACACUACAUUCGAUGGUCUAAGCUACGAGUUUCUGGGGAGCUGUCCUUACUAUCUCGUUUAUCAUACGGAUUUCACGAUUGUCCAGGAAAGUGGACCAUGUCCAGCUUCAGCUAGUUCCGAACCUGCCACAGAAUCAAUGUUCUGUACACUUGCCAUCAAGAUCGCAUACCUCGGUGACUCUCUAAUUCUCCAGCCUGGAAUAAAGAUGAGUUUUAACGAAAAAGAAGUUAGUUUGCCAUUUUCUGCUAUUGGAUUCAAUGCUGCAAUGGUUUCAGAUAUCUUUUUAAGAGUGAUUCUGCAAAAUGGCGUAUCAGUGCUGUGGGAUGGAGAGAACAGAAUCUACGUAGACGCCCCACCGACACUAUUUGGUCAGACGAUGGGUCUUUGUGGUACUUUCAAUCAUAAUCAAAAUGAUGAUUUCCAAACGCCCGAGAAAGAUGUAGAAGCUGAUGUGGCAACAUUCGCUUCUCGAUGGCAAGCUUCUGAUACCUGUCACAAGAGAACGCGCAGAUCCAUGAGAUCACCUUGUGAGACUCAGCCCCAGAAGUUAAGUGAUGCUAAGAUGCUCUGUUCUGCUAUAAUAGGAGAAGUAUUCCAAGCUUGCCAUGGUGAACUAGAACCCGAUGUCUAUUAUAAGAGCUGCAUAUCAGAUCUCUGUUUAUGUGGAGAAAAUUUACAAGAUUGCGUUUGUCCAAUACUUGCCGAUUAUAGUUUAUCUUGUGCAAAAAGGGGCAUUAUUCUCAACUGGGUGGAUGACAUUCCUCCAUGCAAACCUGACUGCACGGGUGGUCAAGUGUACAAAGAAUGUGGAAACCCUUGCACGAGCAGCUGCAUGGCUAUAGCAUCUUCCGAGAAUUGCAAAAGCCAGUGCGUGCAAGGCUGUAUUUGCCCUGACGGAAUGACGAUGAGCAGUGAAGGGUUCUGCAUUGCGAUAGACCAGUGUCCUUGCGUAUUUGAUAAUAAAGAAUACUCACCUGCGAGUGUUACAGUUCAAGGUUCAAGUAUUUGCACCUGCCAGAGCGCGAAAUGGGAAUGUCGUCCAGGAACCUUGGAAGAGCUGGUGUACAUGAAUCCCGACUUAAUGGUGCAAGACCAACCCACUGGCGCCAAAACAUGCCUGGCUGAAAAUAAUGAAGAAUUCACACAAUGCGUAGAAACGUGUCCGAAAACUUGUCAAAAUGCACAUCUCCCGCCGCGAUGCAAAACUGAAGAAUGCAAACCUGGAUGCAGAUGCAAAGAAGGCUUCAUUUUAGAUGCAGACUUGAAGGCAUGCGUGAAAGAGACUCAAUGUGGCUGUUUACAUUCAGGGCGAAGAUACAAAGAAGGAGAAACGAUCAAGCAGCACUGCAAUUUAUGCUUCUGCUCAGAGGGUUCUUGGCAGUGCACCGAGAAAGUGUGUCCGGGUGUUUGUUCCUCAUGGGGCGAAUCUCACUUCAAGACCUAUGAUGGAAAGAUCUUUGAUUUUCAAGGGGAAUGCGAAUAUAUUCUUAGUAAGGGCAAGAUGAAGGGCGCUUCUUUUACUCUUUCUGUGCAAAAUGUGCCAUGUGGAACGAAUGGCAUCACAUGCAGCAAGUCAUUCACGCUGGAUUUGGGGCCUACUACUUCGGAAUAUAGUACCAGUGAAUACGAGAAAUUGACUCUUAGUCGAGAUGAUCCUUUGCCAAAAGUGUCGUACAAUUCCAGAUUCGUCGUAAUGGACGCUGGAUUAUUCGUUUUGGUGUUCAGCGAUGUUGGAAUAUCUCUGCAAUGGGACAGAGGUACACGACUCUAUAUUAAUGCAGAUCCAAAAUGGAGAAACAGGGUAAAAGGAGUAUGCGGGAACUUCAAUGAUGACCAAACGGACGAUUUUUUAACGCCCUCUGGUGGUAUUCCAGAAGCAAGAGCCUCCAUAUUUGCCGACAGCUGGAAAAUCCAUGAAUUUUGUCCUCUGCCUCAGACGGUUGAGGACAUGUGUUCUGUACAUCCGCAGCGACAGGGCUGGGCACAGCAAAAGUGUGGAAUUUUGAAAUCCGAUGUAUUUGCUCCUUGUCACUCUGCGGUCAAACUUGAUCCUUAUUAUGAACGAUGCGUUUUUGAUUCGUGUGCUUGUGAUAUGGGAGGAGACUGUGAUUGCCUCUGCACAGCCAUCGCAGCUUACGCACACGAGUGCAGCGCAGAAGGCGUACCCAUCAAAUGGAGAUCGCAGGAACUCUGUCCCAUUCAGUGUGAAGAAUGUGCGACUUACGAAAGUUGCAUUCCGUCGUGCCCGAAGAUGACAUGUGAAAACGAACUUAUCUACGGCAAAAUUAAAGAAGCCUGUACUUUUGAUUUCUGCGUGGAAGGUUGCAAUCCCAAACCUUGCCCUGAAGGACAAAUAUACAAUAAUGGGAGAGAGUAUAAAUGUGUCCCUCAAGUGGAUUGCGUUGCACCUUGUAUGGAAAUAAAUGGAGUGCUUUACAACGAAGGAGAUAGAAUUACAGAUCCCAAAGUCACAGACAGUUGCCAAUCUUGCCACUGUCGCCGAGGAUCUAUCCACUGCGUUGGCGAGCCAUGUGUCAAAGAACAACCCCAAGCUUGCCUGCAAGGUGGCUGGACGCCGUGGAUGAACACACCAUCCUUUAUAGGCGGGGACCGAGAAGAUCUUAAGCAUCCUCUUUUGAGAACUACGUAUGACAGGUUUUGCGGGAUAGCCAAUAUGACAAACAUAGAGUGUCGUGUCUCUGAAAGCAAAACACCAUACAAGGAGACUGGGCAGAACGUCGACUGUAGUUUACCAACAGGUUUGACAUGCCGAGAUGAUGAACAAAACAACGAAAUUUGCAAAGAUUAUGAAAUACGAGUAUUUUGCGAUUGUGGCGCUGAGCUUCUCAAAAUAACUUUACCACCGACAACCCCCCAUCCUCCACUUCCUCCGAUCUGCGAGGAGACGGGAUGGACAGCAUGGAUGAAUGCCCAUCUGCCUGGCGAAGAAGGCGAGUCCGAGACCCUGGAAAAUUUAAGGAUCAAUCACCAAUUCUGCGUAGAUGAGGAGAUAGAGAACAUCGAAUGCCGAACUACACUUGGCUGGAAAGAGGCUCCGGCCGGUGACAGUGCCAUCUGCAACAAAAAGCUGGGACUAGUCUGCAGUGGCUCUGAUUGUAACGAUUACGAAGUCAGAGUAUUUUGCAAUUGUGGAAAAGAAAUACCCACUACACCUAGCUGUGUGUCAGGAUGGACAGAAUAUUUUAACACCGACAACCCCGAUGUGAGUGAUAUUGGAGACGACGAAAGCUUAGAAAGGAUACGUGAGCUUUAUACUGUCUGCAUUGGUGGAACAGUUGAAGACAUAGAAUGUAAAACUAAAAUAAAUGGCGAGACUGUCGAUUACUCAACGCUGGACACUUUUGGCUUGAAAUGUUCUAAGAAUGUGGGUUUCGUCUGCAAUAAAUAUGUUCGGACAGAUAAAUGCCCAGAUUUCUUUGUGAGAUUUUAUUGUGCAUGUGAACCCGUUGUACCAACGACUCCUGUGAAAACAAGAUUGCUUCCUACGACACCUACUCCUGUUCCAGUAACGCCUGUUCCAGUGGAAUGUGGAUGGACUCCAUGGCUAAAUCUAGACACUCCUGAAUCCUCAGAAAAUGACGACGGUGAUAUCGAAGACUUAAGUCAAAUACAGAUGCUGUAUAAAACGUGUGGCGGGAAGGAUUUAGUGGAUAUCGAAUGUAGAAUAUCACGAACUCAUCAUUCGUAUUUGAAGUCUCAGCAGAAGAAUUUAGUCUGCGAUGUCCAUAAAGGCUUUCGUUGUUUCAACGAUGAACAGAUUGGAAACUGCUAUGAUUAUGAAAUCAGGGUACUUUGCAUGUAUGACUGGUGCUAUCCGCCAACUACCACUCCAGUACAGACCACACCAUUGCCAACAACCACCCAAAAUCCCUGUCCAGAUGGCCAAGUAUUCGACGAAUGCGCCUAUCGGUGCGACCGGUUGUGUUCAUCUUUCGCUUAUGAAUUAUCCGGACAAUGUGCGCAAGGAGAUUGUAUUGCCAGUUGUCGUCCUGUCGAAGACUGCGAACCUCCGAACAUGUGGAGAGAUUACUACAGCUGUGUGCCUAAAGAUGAAUGUCCCUGUGUACUUAUAGAAGGCGACACUGUUACCAGCGUAGCUCCGAAUGAUGUGCUGAUCAAAGACUGCGAAAAAUGUCAGUGUGUUUAUAACGAUCUCACCUGCUUUGAUAUUCCUGAAU